CUGCUUUUUGAAUUCCUGAAAAAAAAUCUGUCACAAAAGCUAUUUUUAAGCAUCUAGAAUGUAAUGGCUGAGUAAAAGUCAGCAUCAGUUUGUCAAUUAUUGAAAUUAUCUAAUUUAUUUCAGUGAUGACUGAUAGACCUACUGUCAGUGAGAGUAUCAGUUGAUGUCUUACAUUUGGCUUAAUAGGACUUUUGAUUCUGUUCCUUAGGAUGUUUUUGCUUGGGAAGCAAAGCUGGGAAGAGCUACUGUAGUGACUAAGAGGGCCAGUCCCUUGUCAACUACUCUUCAUGGUUUUCACAGUUUUCCUAAUGAAAUAGUGUGAUGAUUUAAACUUAAGGCGACACAAAACUAGGGGAAAUUUCAAGUCUUUUUGAGUGUGGUAAUGGAAAUCAAAAUGCCUUAAAGAUUCAGAAACUUGUGAGAAGGGAAUUGGUACAAAUGAGCAGAGUUUUGUGUUUGUGCUUAAGCAGGAGCAAUCAGCUACAGAAAUACAUGAUAGAGAACAGUUUAUUGGAGGAAAAGAAUAAUAAGCUGAAUCUGUGAAGGGAAUAUCACUCAGGUUUUAGUUCUAUUUCUGCUUCUCAGUAAGACAUGUGAAGCAAUAUUUGCCCUCAGUUCAGGCCUUCUCAGGCAUUAGCUGGGAGACUGAGGGGGGGGCAGUUCCUGGUCCUUGUAGAAGGAAGUGGGUAAGCUGGGGAGAGUGUCAAGGGCAGCAGUGAGAAAUUUGCAGAAAGUGUGAUAGUAGGCUGACUGGGAAGGAUUGAAGCACCAAUUACAUUAGUCUACAAAAAGAACAGUCUGCUGGUAAAAUGUUUUCCUGCAAAGUGUGAAAAAACCCAAACAACUGAGGUACAGUCUGGUCUGGGAUUUCUGAUUAAAGGGGUAUUGGAAUCCACUUAAGUGGGACCAAGGUCCUUUCCUCCCAGAUACGCUCUUCUCUUUUUAGCCCUUCUUUAAGAAUAUAAUAUUGGAGUGUCUUUGAUAAAUUUGGUGCUAUGUAAAAGCUGCAAGAAAGUGUGGUUUUUUUCAUUCUCUGCGGUUUCAUUCAGUAACUUGAGUAUUUCUGUACCAGGCAGAGUAGUUAGUUCAUUUGUAAUGUAGAUGGUCAUGAGUGUGGUUAGUCUUGAGGUUGGCAGAGUAAUUUAAUACUGUUGAUAGUAGGGAGUCUCCACGGGAAUUAAGUCUGAACUGAGCCCUUCCUAAUGCUUGCAAAGAGUUAUUAGCUGAGUAAAAUAAAAAAGUUUACUGAUUUGGUCUGUGUCUGAAAUGAAGCAAGAAAACCACCAACACAAGAGCAUGUCCUUGUCUUUUUUUGGUUAAGGUGCACUUCCAGUACCAGAGUUUCAGCCUUUGGUCUUAUUUGUAUUAAUAUGUAGUUGCCUAGUUCUUUGGAAACGGAGUAUGCUGAUAAAUACUCCUUCAUUCAUAGCGAGGGAUUGUGUUACUUUGUCAUUACUUUAAUAGGAGCAUCUUCUAAGUCAUUUAAGGUUGUGCAGUACAAGAGAACUCUUCUGAAAGUAGUUAUUUGUCUCAGGAGAACAUUUUUUAGAAAUUCAGGAAUUUCAGCUAGAGGGUUACUAGGGAACUGUGUGCUAAUAGUGAGAAGGCUGUCUAACUAAAGUGAAGAAACAAUGAUGGGUAAGGAGCUUACCUUUCUUUAGCUAACAACCAGGUUCAGAGGCAAAUGCUGCUUUCCACAGGAAGACAUGGAUGUAUAGCCUACAAUACUGUAUUUUAAGGUCUGAUUCCAGUAGCACAGGUCCUGAAUGUGUCUGCCCUGUUAGGCUGGAUUUAGUUCACAGGAAGAGCUCCUCUCAAGCAUUACAUUUCUCAUUUUGUGGACUUUUUUCCAUUUAAUCUAUUUGUGUGGAGAGCUAGUUUUAAGUUGUUUCUGUCUAAAAAUUUAAACUGUUUGUGUUUACAUUAAUUCAAAAUAACUGUUAUUAAUAGCAUUCUUGUAAAAAAAUAGGCCUUUCAUUAUGUGUUUUUAGAUCAAAAUCACAAAGACAAACAUAAAGAUGUAGUUUACUGAUAACUGUAAAUCCACUUCUGUCUUUGGAAGCGAGUUAAGUUGUGGUAGGACUCAAUUCCCUCUUUGUUUUAGCCUAUCCAGUGCAUUUUUAUAGUACUUCUGGAAGUUCCCUCGUGGUAGUAGCUGAGUGCAGCAUCUUGCACAAAAACUUUUCACCCUCUGUUUUGAUAGCAGCUUUUAGGUGUGACUGUAGUAAAACUUCAUGACUAAUAAAGUGUAUGCCAUAUAAUUUCUUUUGUUUACGUAGCAAAGGUGUGGCUGUAAUGGGCACCCAAAGCUACAGGUCAGAUAGCACUGCCUUAAUGAAGUCGAUACAUAAUUGCUUUGUAUUUUUAUUUUUGUAGAAUUUGCUGCAGUACUAUAAAUACAGAAGACUGUUUUCUGAGGAAACAAGAAUGUUCUGAUCUCCUUUCUCCAGUGAGCUGCACUGUGUGGCUGGAGCAGUCGUUCAACAAUGAGUGGUGCAGCGCUGGGCCUUGAGAUAGUGUUUGUCUUUUUUCUGGCCUUAUUCCUACUUCAUCGGUAUGGGGACUUCAAGAAACAGCAUAGGCUUGUGAUCAUAGCAACAUUGUUGGCGUGGUAUCUCUGCUUCCUUAUUGUAUUUAUACUGCCUCUGGAUGUCAGUACGACUAUUUAUAAUCGAUGCAAACUUGCUGUUAACUCCAGUCCUGCAGAAAGUAAUGGCUCUUACGUUACUCUUGCUCCAAGCAAACAAAAAUGUUUCAAACCUUGGAGUUAUAUUCCUAAUGGAAUUAUGCCAAUUUUCUGGCGUGUUGUGUAUUGGACGUCUCAGUUUCUAACAUGGAUUCUGCUACCUUUCAUGCAGUCAUAUGCAAGAUCAGGAGGGUUCUCCAUUACUGGAAAGAUUAAAACUGCGUUGAUUGAGAAUGCAAUAUAUUAUGGCACUUACUUGCUGAUUUUCGGGGCGUUUUUAAUAUAUGUGGCUGUAAACCCAAACUUCAAUUUACAGUGGAACCAACUUCAGACUAUUGGGAUAGCUGCUGCAAACACAUGGGGUCUCUUUCUUCUUGUGUUGCUUUUGGGUUAUGGUUUGGUGGAAAUCCCCCGUUCUCACUGGAAUGGGGCUAAGAGGGGUUAUCUGCUCAUGAAGACUUAUUUCAAAGCUGCCAAACUGAUGACUGAAAAAGCAGACGCAGAGGAGAAUUUAGAGGACAUUAUGGAGGAAGUGCGUAAAGUAAGUGAGAGUAUCAAAUAUAACCACCCCUUGAGAAAAUGUGUUGAUACAAUACUGAAAAAGUGUCCUACUGAGUACCAGGAAAGAAUGGGUAGGAACAUGGAUGAUUAUGAAGAUUUUGAUGAAAGACAGAACAGUUAUCCAAGUGAGAAAAGUCUGGUCAAACUUCACAAGCAGGUGAUCUAUUCAGUACAGAGACACCGUCGUACACAGGUCCAGUGGCAAAUUCUUUUAGAGCAAGCAUUUUAUCUAGAAGAUGUGGCAAAAAAUGAAACAAGUGCUACACGACAGUUUGUUCAUACCUUUCAUUCCCAGGAACCAGAGAAUAAAAUUAUUCAGUAUUUCUACACACCAACUGUUGAGUGGUACUGGGAAUGUCUUCUACGACCAUGGUUUUACAGAGUGCUUGCAGUUGUGCUGGCUACAUUCUCUGUAAUUGUUGUGUGGUCAGAGUGCACAUUUUUCAGCACAAAACCAGUUCUAUCACUAUUUGCAGUUUUCAUACAGCUGGCAGAAAAGACAUAUAAUUAUAUCUACAUAGAGAUGGCCUGUUUUCUUACCAUCUUUUUCCUAAGUAUCUGUGUUUACUCUACUGUCUUCAGGAUCCGUGUAUUUAACUAUUAUUACUUAGCUUCACAUCAUCAGACAGAUGCAUACAGUCUCCUUUUCAGUGGCAUGUUAUUUUGCCGUCUUACUCCACCAUUGUGCUUGAACUUUUUGGGCUUGACCCAUAUGGAUGCAACAAUCUCUCACAAAAAAACUCAGCCAACUGCUUAUACAUCUAUAAUGGGAUCCAUGAGAGUACUGUCCUUCAUUGCAGAUGGAUUCUAUAUAUACUACCCAAUGCUUGUUGUCAUUCUCUGUAUUGCCACAUACUUUAGUUUAGGAACUCGUUGUUUGAAUCUUUUGGGAUUCCAGCAGUUCAUGGGGGAUAGCGAAAUGACUUCUGAUUUGAUUGAUGAAGGAAAAGAGCUAAUCAGAAGAGAGAAAAGAAAACGACAGAGGCAGGAAGAAGGUGAAAACAGAAGAAGGGAAUGGAAGGAGCGAUAUGGAAAUAGAGACGAUUCCACUAGAAACAGAGCUGUCCACACAGACCAAAAAGAAUCCAGCUUCACAGAGACCAAUGCCAAUAGACCACUAUCAAAGUAUACCCGAUCAAAUGGCAGGACUGAAAGAGAUAGAAUAGAACUCCUCCAGGAUGCAGAACCUUUGGAUUUUAAUGCAGACUCUGUUAACGAUGACCCUCUUGAAUCAGACUCGGGAAGGUACCAGCCUGGUGGAAGAUACCUGUCAAUGUCUCGAAGCAAAAUAUUUGAUGAUGUCUAAGCUCCUCAAUGCUAAAGAAAAUUCAGUGGAAGUCUAGCUCCUUCUCAUUGCUUGGAAAAUACUGUAUUAUCACUGAACCAUCAAAGACUGUUUCUGUUUAAAAAAAAAUAUGAAGGAACAAUUUUGGAAAUGCACGUGUAUGAUAAGUUCACCACUUAUGAUAAGAACAUGCUUCUUCUAUUGUAGAUACUGUUGUGCAUCAGUGUGGGCUUUUGUGUCACGAUGAAAAGGAGAAGACUAUUAAUUAAAUAAAUUGUAUAUACCUGGAACUGUAUAUACAAUUUGAACUGUAACAUUCUCAGUUCUAGGAAGAGAUUUUCUGGAAGGAUUUUUGUUGGGUUUUUUUUUGUUCUUUAACUGAUGCUGUGAGAGCAUCUUAAUGCAUCCAAAGUGCAGUUAUAUCAAUUACCAUAAUAAACACUUCCUGUAAUUUUUCUAUUUGAACUUUAGUUCAAAAUCUGCUGAAUAAAAUUAAGGCUGCUUUUGCCUUCA